AUGUGUUCAUGGAAUGUAGAUGACAUCAUAUGCCUACAGGAAACGAGAUGCCCCUUAGAUAAAUUGCCUGACCUUUAUUUGCCAGGAUAUCACUUAUAUUGCAAGUCUGACGAAAAUGCAAAAGGAUAUGCUGGAGUAGCCAUUUACACUAAGAAGUUGGUGAGGAAUAUUGAGUACUCAAUUGGGCUUGAAGAAUUUGAUGCAGAAGAUCGAAUAGCUGUUGCUGAAUAUAACUCAUUCUAUCUGGUAUGCGUAUAUGUCCCAAAUGCAGGCAGAGCUCCCAUCAACAAUUCAGCCACUUAG